UCCCCUUUUUAAUAGCGAAAAUAUUAUUGGUCUUUACUAAAUUUAUAGAGGCUUACUAAAUUUUCAUAAAAAACAAAUUCAUCUACCAAAUAUUCGCCUUAUUUUGUGCAAAAGCCUUGAUCCUUGAAUUCAUGAGGCAACUUUCAUUACAGAAAGAGAAACGUGUAAAGAAAAACUUAGGACAUAAUGACUUUUCAUAGAAAGAAAGAAGUAGUUGUAAUUUCAUCUCUAUUAUCUGUGUUCAGUUUUCCUUUUUAUUCCCCAUUCAAAAAAAAAAGAAAAAAAGAAAUCAGCUUUCUAUAACAAUCCUAUUUUGCUAUUUUCCCUUUGAAUGAUUCCUUUGCAAACCUAAAUUAUGGAUAGAGUUGCCUAAAUUUCGACUCAAAUAAGGGGGCAUAACAAAAUCUAAUUACUAUGUUGCAUGAAACAAUGCCCAAAAAUUAUGUUUUCCUAUUCAUUGUAAUAUUAUUAUUCUACAAUACCAACAUCCCAACAUUAGCAAAUUCAUCAUUGAACGGAGAGAGGACGAGGCGGCUUAAAAAUAUAAUAAAAUAUGAUAUUGGUCGGUACAAAGGGAUAGCCGAGAAGGCUAAGUUAAAUUUAGGAACCACACGAUUAAGGCGGUUGACGGACGAGGAAGAUAUCCCCGUCGAACAGCGAGAAGCCCCACUGAAGAGUACCAUAGAAGGCUCGGUCAAGCUACCGAUGUACGCGGCUGCAGAAUUUGAGAUGGGGGAGUAUGUUGUAAAUCUCGACGUUGGAACUCCUCCAACGACGCUUCGUUUGGUUGUUGAUACCGCUAGUGACCUUACAUGGGUGAAGUGUAAGAGAGGCAACCGUGGGUGUGUCUCGGAGAAAGGAGUCUUUGAUGCUGAUAAGUCUUCAACAUUUAAGCCCAUCACAUGUGAUACCCCUUUAUGCAAAGAAGAAUUUGUUCCACUUUCGGCUCUUGAGAUCUGCCCCAAUGCUAAUGCUCCUUGUCUCUAUAAUUACAGUUAUGGCGAUGGUGGUUUAUCAACAUUUGGCAUCUUUGGGAAGGAAAUUACAACACUUCCCACCACCACAGACAUACCAGUAAUACUAAAAGACUUUUUACUCGGAUGCUCAGAAACGUAUACUGACAAAACGCGGAUGAAACACGCAGAUGGUGUACUAGGACUUGGAAUCAACCCAUAUUCGUUCUCGCUCAAAGCCGUGACCCAGUUUGGAGGGUCCUUCUCAUACUGCUUGGUAGACCACCUUAGUCCUAUCAACGUGACCAAUUACCUUAUCUUCGGAGACUACAAGGAAAAAGCCCCAACACAAGAGUUCAUGCGCUUCACAGCGCUACUUGUGAGCGAUUCAGCCCCUUAUUAUUGGCUUAACGUUAAGGGCUUAUCUAUGAACCAUAAGAUGCUUGACAUUGAUCCUAUAGUUUGGAACCGCAAUGCAGAUGGUGGCACCAUCCUCGACUCCGGUACUGCCGCUACUUACUGGACUAUACCUGCCUACCGAGCCAUUAUGGACAUCCUGAUCCCAGCUCUGGAGAAAGACCACCCAAAGCUUCCUGACAGCAAGGGAGACGGGAGGCUUGAUUUCGAGUAUUGCUUCAACUCGACAGCCACACCGUUUAACCCCAGACGAGUGCCAAGAUUGGAGAUCCACUUCAAGGAUGGGGCAAGGUUCAAACCUCUUGUUAAGAGUUACAUUGUUGACGAUGGACCCGAUGUUAGUUGUAUUGGGUUUCUUGAGGCACCUGCUGGUAUGAACAUUAUUGGUAAUAUUAUGCAACAAAACUACUUGUGGGAGUUUGACCUACACCAAAACACGGUGGGUUUUGUAGCUUCAACGUGCGACUAGACUAAUAUUAUUAGGAACGAUUUAACUCCAUGCUAUUCACCAAUUUCGUUUGUUGUUAAAUUUUACAUGGUGAUAUCCCCUUUGCUUUGAAGAAGAAUAUAAUGGGUAUAUGUUAGAAGGGCGAGGUUUGUAGGCAAUUAUGGUAAUGUGGCCUUUUUUUUUGGGUGUAAGAUGGAUUUAAAAAGUUCUCCAGUCAUCCCAAAAUACUUCAUACACUUUUAUUUAGGAGUGGUGCAACUAAUGUAUUAAUACUUCUCUUCUACUCCCUUACGCUCAAUAUACUUUUUUCAGGGGGUUGUAAAUAUUAUUAGGCCUGGGGCAAAACAAAAAAAGGACCUCUAACGCACCAGAGAUUUAAUAGAAUAUGCACUUUUAUAAAUAACAACUAAUUCAGAACUGACCAACUCAUGUUUACUAGUAUUUCAUCAAAAGAUAAACUUUUUCUUAUUUCAUAUGAUCAAUAUUUAAUACUCCCUCCGUUAGGAAGAUCUACACACUUUUUGAGACACGCAGUUUAAGGUGAUAAGUUGUAGUAUAAUUAUCAAAUGUGAUUUUUAUUUUAAAAAAGAUUUAGUAAGACCUCAUGGUGUAUCUUUUUAUGGAAAAAGACAAAAAAAAUUGAACAUAUUUUUGUUAAAGAUAGAGUAUAGGCAAAAGGACUUUUAAAGAGCUAACAUAGUAACUAGUAAGAUCAUGUCAAAAAUCAGGGUGUCAAACCAAAUUUGGACAAAGAAAAAAAGAAAACUGUAAUAAGAUAAACUAGUAACUUACCAAUAAAGUGUUAUGCAUGCCUUACUAGCCAAUGUGCUGGUGUUUCCUACAGGCUAGUAGCCUUGUAGGGGUUAGCCCUUGGGCUGACUUAAUUUCCUAAUCAAAAAAAAAAAAAAAGUAACUUACCAAUAAAAUUGGAGUAUUAAGGUAUGAAGUUAAAUUAAAAUGUUAAUACACUAGUGGUAUAAAAGAAAAUCAAAAGACAAGUUGAGCUUUUUGAAAAAAGAAUAGGAAUCAAAUAAAACAUU